UCAUCCCCAGUGUCCUUACAAGGAAGAAUCCAUUUUCUUCACUUUCUUCUCCCCUGCUCUCAGGUGUAAAUCCCCCUAAAAUCACGUUAAAAAAAAAAAAAAAUAGGGAACAGGCCUGAAGGAAAAGGCGAUGGGGCUUAAAAACUUCAAUGGGACAGGAGUGGGUUUUGGAUUUGGCAUUGGCUGCGGUUUUGGGGUGGGAUGGGGUUUUGGUGGCAUGCCUUUGAAUUUUCUGGGCCUCGGUGUCGGUGGUGGAUGCGGAGUUGGUGUAGGCCUUGGAUGGGGAUUUGGUGCAGCUUUUGGUAGUCACUACCGAAAUUCAAGGGUCAUAUUUCAGGGGACGGAUCUUGACGCCAAAGAUUCUAGCAAAAGUAGCUAGUGCAAGGACUUAUCAAAAAGCACUCAGAAACUAUAUGCGUCAUGCUGAUUUUCACUUACUGAUUACUCCGUGAUGUAAUGACUACAUUUGCACCAAAAUUAAGUUUGUAAAGGCUUGCUUGUAUUC